CAGGCGUGCCUGCAGAAAUCAAACCAAAGCAUUUCUGAAGUUUCCUAGCAACAGCAUUUCUGAAGUUUCCUAGCAACCAAUAUGAAGCAUUAUGUUUUGAAAACUAUCAAUUAGUUAGUUUGUAAUAUUGUUCUUGAGUUUCAGCUGUGAUUCAUCAUUUAACUUACAGCAGAGUACCUGUGGAUAUGUUGAGGAAGGAGGAUACAAAAACACAAGGCUUCAGCCUGAAGCCCGCCAUGAAGGAGGAGGGUCCCCCGUCUACAAAGGCUUUUCAACCGCGCCCUCCAAAAGUGUCCACCUUUCGCAGGAUGUGUGACCGCGGGGACCUCCCACUCCAAAUGGACUACAACAGCAGAGGCUACCGUAUCUUUUGGAAGGUGGCGUUGGACAAGCUGGACUACAACUACUACCUGCCUUUGUUCUUUGAUGGCUUGACUGAGACAGGUCAUCCGUUCAACUUCUUCGCCUCUCAGGGAAUCCACGAGAUGCUGGAGAAAGGGGGCCCUAGGAUCCUGCCCGUCAUUCCCCAGCUCAUCAUCCCCAUCAGGAAGGCCCUGAACACGAGGAACCAUGCGGUGAUGUGCAGCACACUCAGAGUCCUGAAGCGUCUGGUGGUGUCCGGUGAAAAAGUGGGAGAGGCUCUGGUGCCGUACUUCAGACAAAUCCUCCCCAUUUUCAGAAUGUUCCACGAAAAGAGCAGCACUGGAGAUGUCGUGUCCGGCCAGAGGGGCGAGGACAUCAGGGAACUGUUCCGUGAGACUCUGGAGCUGUUUGAGCACCACGGAGGAAUCGGUGCCUUCCUACAAAUUAAAUACGUGGUGCCCACCUACAAAUGAGGAGGACCCCUGAUGUUACUCUCUA